CAGAUGGCAGAUUCAGCUUGAUCUUGGCAACAGGUGAAUGCAUCCAAGUUACGAAAAACAUUGAAACGAAAAAGAAAUAUAAGAAAAGGAAAUAUGAAUGUAAUGUUUGUCUUAAAAAAUUCAAAAGAUUACAAGAAGUUCAAAAACAUGGAGUUGUACAUACAGGAGAAAAACAUUUUAAAUGUGAUAUUUGUUUCAAGAAAUUUGGACAUAAAGAUCACAUGGAUAGACACAUAAAAUCAUUUCAUAAAAAAACUGAGAAAAGGAAUUACAAAUGUAACACUUGUCUGAAAUCAUUUAAAAGAUCUGAACAUCUUGAAAACCAUAGAAGGACACAUACUGGAGAGAAACCAUUCAAAUGUGAAAUCUGUUUAAGAACAUUCUCACGGAAGCAUCAUGUUGAUCAGCAUAAAAAAUCAAAGCAUAAGGAUCCUGAUAAGAAAUCCUAAAUUGUGAAGAUUUCAAGGUUAAACUAGAAAGGUAAUAUGGGCAUCCUGGAUUAACUUAGCAUAUUCUCCCAAAAGAGUGCACAGGCCACUUCCUAUGAUGAGUAAAGUCUCAGGAAAACUGAAAAUACACUGACCUGAGCAACAGAGAAUUUUACUCCUUUGGUCGUUUGAAUUUUCUAAUAUUUAUCUAUUCCCAUGUUUUAAAAUUUUAGGAGUGCACUCUUUAAAGAGAAUAUGGUAUUUUAUAUAGUGGGCGUAUUAUUGGCAUAGUAAGGUAAAUUUGACAUAGGAUAUGCCAUGAUUCACCUUCUCUCUCAAAAUGAAACUUUCACUGAACAAAUAUACAAUUGAUUUUUGCAAAGCAUAAUCACUUGAGACUCAUUC